AUGUCCCUGUCGGUCAAGUCGCUCAACGGUGAUAGCUCCUUCCUGCUGGUCUUCAGUCCCCCACUGGCUCCACUUUCCUCGCCUGGACAGUUCCCAGGCUCCUUCACCAUCCUCCUCGACCCCUGGCUUGUCGGCCCCUCCAUCAUCCUCAACUCGCUCUUCUCCAUUUCCCAGCAAAAGCACCAGCCAUGCAUUCCCCACCUGAAAGAGCUCCCGCUCGAGCCGGACCUGGUCUUGGUCUCGCAACACAAGCCAGACCACUGUCAUGAAGAAACGCUGCGCCAACUACCAGCAGACUGCGAAUCCACCAUCCUUGCCAUACCGCCGGCUGCCAAGAAGAUCCGCUCAUGGAAGCAUUUUCAUCCCGACCGUGUGCACGCCCUGCCCAAAUAUGUCGACCGAAACAAAGACUCGGUCUACCGCAUUCUUCUGCCGCCGCCAACACCCCGAGGAACCUGUGGGGAAGUGACCGUGACGUGGCUGCCGGCCAAGCGAGACGUGUCUGGAGUACACCAUGCCAUUGGCAUCACCUAUCGGCCUCCCUGCACCGUUCUCUCGCACUCGAGCCCGAAUCACUAUCUGGACUUGCCCAUGACCCCACCGCCUUCUCCAGACUCACGCAUGACCAUCACCGCAGCAUCACCGCGCACCAUUGUGCCUUCGCCAAACCAGGAUCGCGAAAAGACAGUUUCGGUCCUCUACUCGCCGCACGGCGUCUCUUAUGACAUCAUCAAGCCCUAUGCAACAGGCCAUCUGGUCUCGGAAUCGGCCCUCCCAUUGACAGCCUUGCUACACUCGUUUGACUGCGUGGAGAACCCAUGGUGGCUAGGGGGUACCAUCUCUGCAGGAUCUCCUGGAGGCCUGGAGAUGGCGCAAAACUUGUAUGCCAAGGCCUGGAUUUCAGCGCACGACAGUGACAAGGACAAUCGCGGCUGGGCUGUGAAGCGGACCCAGAUUGCAAAGUCUGCGGUGGAGGAAAUCAGGGCCAUGUUGGAGGAGGGGAACAGGGGGAAGGGAGUACAAAGGACCGAUGUGGUUAGCCUCGCUCCUGGCGCCGAGCACCGCAUUGGGCCUGGAUGA